AUGUCCACCCUCCCUCAGAAGGAAUCCAGGAUGACUACUGCCUGUCCAGGUUCAGACUCCAUACAGGGCCUGCCCGGUAACAAGGGAGAUGGUCUGGAAAGAGAAUGCUCCAGAAAACCAGACCAGAAGCCACUGAAGUUCUAUGGAGUGGGUGACCCCACGGCCAUGUUCUGCUCCAGCAGCCCCUACCUGUCCUCUAGAGGAAGCGUCAUUAAAUGGUUCUGGGAUUCAGCUGAGGAGGGCUACAUGACCUACCACAUGGACGAAUAUGAUGAGGAUAAGAACCCUAGUGGCAUCAUUAACUUGGGCACCAGUGAGAACAAACUCUGCUUUGACCUGCUGUCCAGACGGCUGAGUCAGAGCGACAUGCUGCAGGUGGAGCCAUCCCUGUUGCAGUACCCUGACUGGAGGGGACAUCUGUUCCUCCGGGAGGAAGUGGCCAGGUUCCUGUCUUUCUACUGCAGAAGCCCCGCACCCCUUAAACCGGAGAACGUGGUUGUUCUGAACGGCUCUGCCUCUCUCUUCUCUGCUCUGGCCACGGUGCUGUGUGAGGCGGAGGAGGCUUUCCUGAUCCCUGCGCCUUACUAUGGAGCCAUCACGCAGCACGUGUAUCUCUAUGGCAACGUCCGACUGGUCUAUGUCUAUCUGGACAGUGAGGUCACUGGGCUGGAAACACGCCCCUUCCAGCUCACAGUGGAGAAGCUGGAGAUGGCCCUGCAGGGAGCUAAUUCUGAGGGUGUGAAGGUCAAAGGCCUCAUCCUCAUCAACCCCCAGAAUCCUCUGGGUGACGUCUACUCCCCAGCGGAGCUGCAGGAGUACCUGGAGUUUGCCAAGAGGCAUGAGCUGCACGUGAUGGUGGACGAGGUCUACAUGCUGUCCGUGUUUGAGGAGUCCGUUGGGUACCGCAGUGUCCUGAGCCUGGAAAGGCUGCCUGACCCCCAGAGGACCCACGUGAUGUGGGCAACCAGCAAGGACUUCGGGAUGUCUGGGCUCCGCUUCGGCACGCUGUACACGGAAAACCAGGACGUGGCCACGGCGGUGACCUCCCUGUGUCGCUAUCACGGCCUCAGUGGCCUGACCCAGUAUCAGAUGGCACAGCUGCUCCGGGACCGUGACUGGAUCAAUCAAGUGUAUCUGCCAGAAAACCACGCCCGGCUCAAGGCUGCCCACACCUAUGUCUCGGAGGACCUCCGGGCCCUGGGUAUCCCCUUCGUGAGCCGCGGGGCCGGCUUCUUCAUCUGGGUUGACCUGAGGAAGUACCUGCCCGAGGCCACCUUUGAGGAGGAGGUGCUGCUCUGGCGUCGAUUUUUGGAGAACAAGGUGCUGCUGUCCUUCGGCAAAGCCUUCGAGUGCAAAGAGCCUGGCUGGUUCCGGUUGGUCUUCUCGGACAAGACCCACCGGCUUCGCCUGGGGAUGCAGAGGGUCCGACAGGUGCUUGAGGGCCAACCCCAGGUGGCAGAAGACGCCCCUCCCUGCCAGAUCCAGGAGCCACGAGGCCCCCACAAGUGA